AUGUCAGAAUGUGAUGAUGGUAAAUUUGGACUCAAGUGUGAUCAGCCAUGUGGUUUUUGCUUUGGAAAAGAACAGUGUCAUCACAUAAACGGGACAUGCUUAAAUGGAUGCGACAGGGGGUAUCAAGGGAUAAACUGUACACAAGCUUGCCCCGAAGGAAGCUUUGACUAUAACUGCACUGAAAAUUGUAGCGUAAACUGUAGAGUUCCUGGAAGGUGUGACGUCAUAACAGGGCGAUGUAAUGGUGGUUGUCAGACUGGUUGGCAGUUUGAUAGAUGCGACAGAUAUCGUGAUCCGAACAUUAAGUAUUGUUUAUUUCUGUAUGGAAUCCUAGCAAUUCUAUGUUUAAGUGUGAUGUUAAACAUAAUUCUCAUUUUCCGGAGUUGCAGAAAUAAGGUCCGUAAAGAACAAAAUCAGCUAGAGAAACACACAAAUAGGUUUUCUACAGAACUCACCACGCGUAACACAGAGCUCUAUGACAAAGUGGAUGACAGUGCAGGAUACCAAGAACUUGGUCAAUUAAGUCAACCUUCUCAUUAUGACCAAUUACCUUAA